GCCCCGAGGAGCGGCGCUGGGGAGGGCGGCGGGGCGCGGCCGCGGGCGCCGGCGGGCGGCCGGGGCUUCCGCAGUUGGGAGCGCUGGAGGAGAGGGUCGGGGUGGCAGCUGUGCCCUGCGGCUGGGCGAUACUGCCCGCCUUCUCCGGUUCCUUCUUGGCGUCGGGAAGAGUCCGGAGUUCUCCCCCCACCAAAAAAAAACCUACCAAAUUAAUAAUCCGAAUAACCUGAUCUCCCGCUCUUCCCCACCAGCCUCCCGCCCUCCCUCCUUUCCUUCCUCCCUCCUUCCCAUCUCCUUGGUCGCUGCGGAAGGGAAACCAGGCGGCUGCCUGGGGGUGGGCCGAGUCCGAGUCCGGAGGGGGUGCCGGAGCUUGGGGAGAGGGUUUUGAGGCAGUGUUUCCCGGGGCUUUUGUCCAUACUCUGCGCAGAGAACUCUGGCCGCCGCCGUCGAACGCGGGGCCGGUCGCAUCCCCCGGUAUCUCAUUCCUAAAUUAAAUAUCAACAGGGGAAAAUCGGGCAGACACCCCUCCUCUCCUGGGCCCCUCCCGAUGCCCCCGCCCCAUGUCCGCUGGGGAGGCUGCUCGGUGCGGAGGCGGCGGCCGAGGUAAGGGCUCCGUGUUAGUUACUUGCGCGUCCCGCAGCACUAGCUGCGGCUCGCUCGUCCCCAGCCUGGACUCCGAGUCCCAGCUUGGGCUGCGCGCUCGGGCUGAUUCCUCGACAGCGCCUGCGGCGGCAAGAGUAGCGGCGGCCAGCCGGGUCCGGGAGCUACCGCCGCGGCGCCCCCGAGCGGGCACCGGGCAGCGUGGGGAGGGGAGCCAGCAGCCUGUGGGUGGGAGCGAUCCAGCGACCUACAGCACCUCCGCACCCUGGGUUGGCAGCCGGCGCCCUGGGAGCCCCGCAGCGCUUUAGGGCGGAGAACCAAGUUUGUGUGUUGUUGCUUCCUCCCAGGGGCCCUCGGGCUGCGCGGGGUGUGAAAUGGGAGUGCCAAUUUGGGGAUCUCUACUGUUCUUCCUUUUAAAAUUUUUCUGCUUGUCCUUGACAAGGGCCUAUUCCCACUGGACCCUGAGGAGACUACUUGCUCUUCCCAGGCUGCUAGUCUGGCGAUCUGAGGGUGACCACGUCUGCGAGGGACUUUGCUAUCAGUCUGCCAGGACCUCGGGAGAAAGAACAGGCAGCUCCUUAUCUCCUUCCCCUCUGCCAGCAUUUCGGGCACUCAGCAGGGACUCGUUUUGGGGUUCCCAUUGACUUCCAGGAAGGACGGGAGCCCUUCUCUGACCCCAGCUCGGGCAGUCACCUGUCUUUGCCGCAGUGAUAUUUAUCCCAUGACCCUGCGGUGCCUGGAACCCUCCGGGAAUGGCGCGGAAGGGACGCGGAGCCAGUGGGGGACGGCGGGGUCAACGGAGGAGCCAUCCCCGGAGGCGGCGCGUCUGGCGAAGGCCCUGCGGGAGCUGGGUCAAACAGGAUGGUACUGGGGAAGUAUGACUGUUAAUGAAGCCAAAGAGAAAUUAAAAGAGGCACCAGAAGGAACUUUCUUGAUUAGAGAUAGCUCGCACUCAGACUACCUACUAACAAUAUCUGUUAAAACAUCAGCUGGACCAACUAAUCUACGCAUUGAAUACCAAGAAGGGAAAUUCAGAUUGGACUCUAUCAUUUGCGUCAAGUCCAAGCUUAAGCAGUUUGACAGUGUGGUUCAUCUGAUCGACUACUAUGUUCAAAUGUGCAAGGAUAAGCGGACAGGCCCAGAAGCCCCCCGGAACGGCACCGUUCACCUUUACCUGACCAGACCACUCUACACGUCAGCCCCUUCUCUGCAGCACCUCUGUAGACUCACCAUUAACAAAUGUACCAGUACCAUCUGGGGAUUGCCUUUACCAACAAGACUAAAAGAUUACUUGGAAGAGUAUAAAUUCCAGGUAUAAGUGUUUCUCUUUUUCUAAACCUGCCUCACAUAGAGUUAUCUCCGAAUGCAGCUAUGUAAAAGAGAACCAAAACUUGAGUGACUGCUCUGGAUAACUAACUACAUGGAAUCCUUUCUAAGAACAGCUAAAGUCCAUCUAAUUUAAACAUGCAAAGCGGUAGCUAGGUAUUUAAAGCGCCCCCUCCCACUGAAAUAUUUUCACCUGGUGAUGUUUCCCUUCCUAAAUAAAAUGUCCCAAGUCAAGGCGGAAGGAGCAAUUGAUCAGAAUGCUUUGCCUUUCUGAGGGUCCUUUCCAUGAGGUCAAAGGUCCAAGCUCCAGAAGCAAAGAGCUCCACUAACGAAGUGUAAGACCCGAGCUCACAAAGGCUUUGCUUCAAUUUUACAGGCCUGGUGAUCAGAAUCUACUUUAGGAGAUUUUCUAUUUUGCAUUCUGAUGUACCUAGGAGUUUUGUUAAACAGAUCAUGCCUGUGAGUAUUUAUCCUUCAUUUUAUGCAAUUAACCAAAUCAACCAAAAAAAAAAAAAGCGAAAUCCUGUAUUUGUCUUUUUACUACAUGUAUGAACUCUCUCCUGUGAAUGAGUACUGUAGUAAUCCAUUUUAAGGGAGCCUUAUUUCAGAAAUAUUUCAACCUGGUGCAAAUGGAAAAGACUUUUUCUUUUCCUUUAAGGCUAAAGACAAGAAUGUCGUGCUAUACAGGUGCACCCCAAUCCCUGUUAGUAGAAACCAAUGUAGAUAUAGACAUUUUACCCUUUGAAGUAGCUGUGUCUCGACCCGUUGCCAUUGAUUUUUUGGAAAUGGCUUUAGAUAUUUCCCAGUUGUCCUCAAUUGUCUAACCAUGGACAUUAGCAGACGUCUCCCUUCUACCAUGUAGAAUACUUUGACUCAAUUUUCUUCCAGACAUAGGGGGAUACCUGCCUGUUUUUUUUUUUUUUCAAAGUGUUUAUUUACUGCUGUUACUAUUUGAUUAGAAUGUAUUAAAUAAAAAAAAAAACCCUGACUUU